CGUCUUCAUCCGCAGUCAGAAGAUACAUCGUGCGGUGGUGACAAGGGACCCAUUUAACAUAGAAAAUACGUCUUAUAGAGUAGGGCAGUCAUGCCAGGUCGUCAGAGUGUUGUGACGUCUGCCUCAUCAUAUUCUCGACGGAAUCGUCAGGAAGAGGCCCUCGUGAGGCGUCGGAAUUCUGAAUGGGAUCGUCAGCAAUUGUGGAAUGGAGUAACUCAGUACUUUCAUACCUGGGAUGUACAGUCCAGUAAACACAAUGAUUGGGCUUCACCUCAUUACUAUAAUCAGAGUAUGGAGGUAUAUAAAAAGGCACUGGAAGCGCAAAAGAGGGCUCAGAAUUUACAAGAACGUCGACAGAGAUUAUCAGCAUUGUUGUACUCUGAAAAUAGUCAGUAUGAAAUAGAGCUAGCUCGACAGAAAGGCCGUCAUAAUAGUCACCACCGAAUCCCACUUGAAGAACUUAAGUCCGUCAAUUAUGAGUUAAAGCGCCGUGAGGAGGAAAAUCAACGUAGAGAAGCAGAAUUGAAAUUAUAUCAUCAAUGGAGAGUGAAGCAACCCUCCAUUAGAGAGCUUGAACGGAAGCAGCACAGUCAGUUUGUGCGUGAAGCAUGGGUGAGGCAGGUGCAGGAGAAGAAAGAGGAACGUGAAAAAGCAGAGAAGGAGCAAUUGGAAGCAAUGCAAGAACGUGAAGUGAUGAAACUAGCUGAGGAGGAACGUCAGAGACAGGAGCAUGAGAAGAAGAAGGAAAGGGCUCUUGCCCUUCAAGUGCAACUGAAGUGCCAAGUUGAGGAACUCAGAGAAAAGGAAAAGAAAGCAGAGGAACUGCAGAAGGAGGAGGCUGAGGCCAUGCAGCAGAGGGCGAAGCUGGAACACCUGUUGAUGGAGAGGCGAUAUGCAGAGGAGCAACGCAAGAAAGCAGAACUUGGGUCAUUCUUGCAGCGCCAGUACCAGUUGAAACUCCGUCGUCGUGCCAAGGAAGUGCAGGAGCAACUGGCAGAAGAUAUGCGUUUGCUAGAGAAACUUAUGUCCAUUGAACUGGAGGAGAAAACAAGAGUCAGCGAGCAACGAGAAGCUGCACGCAGGGAGAUGCUCUAUGCACGUGAAGCUCUUGCAGAGCAGGCACGUGUUGAGAAGGAGCGUGAGAAGCAUAUGGCAUUUCUGUUUCAUGAAGAGGCACAGCGGAUGUGGUCACAGCAGGAAGAGAAAUGGAAUCUUGAACGUGAGGCCAGGGAACGGCUGAUGACAGAGGUGCUUACCGUUCUGCAGCGCCAGUUGGAGGAGAAACUUGAGGCAAACCUUGCCGAACAGCGGGAUCUAGUCAAGAGUAGGGAGGAGCUUGUUGCCCGUGUUGAGCAAGCUAAUGCAGAGCUAAAGGAAGAGAGGGCAGCAGUUAAACAAAUGAAGGAAUCAUUCAAGAAAGAGAUAGAUAUUCAGGUUGCUGCUAAACAUCAGCAGCAAAUGGCUGAAGCAAGGAUUGCUGAGUUGGAAGCAGAGAAGAAGAAAGAGGAAGCAAAAUUGGAGGAACAAAAACUUUUGCAGGAGCUGAGAAAGAUGGAGGCAACUGGUUACAAUCCAUUGAAUGUUGCUCGUAGAAGAACAUUAUGGUGAUAUUUAUGAAGCAUUAAACAGUGCAUAUAAGUCUCAUCAGAAGGGAAGAAAUCUGAUAGUUUGUUUCAGCCCAUUCAGCCUCGAAGAUAUGAAGUGAUAUAAUAAUUUUUAUUGUGUACUGGUGUAUUGACAAUCUACUGGAUACAUGGAUACAAGUGCCACAUUAGUGCAGGUAAUUGUGAACAGAUAGAAGACAGGAUUUUUAUAUAAGGUCUGAUGUGUCUCUAAAUAUAAAUGAAGCCAGUUUUGUAACAAAAAAUGUCUGAAUUAAGGUUAAUCAUUUUUUAUGAUGGUGUGACACCCCAUUUAAAACUACUGUUUUAGACUUUAUCCAUUGUCCAAGUUUAUUAAAGCCUCCGAAAUUCUGAAGUUUGUUCUGUUUCCAAUUUUGUGAUGAUUAGGAUAUGAAAAAUAACCUACUCUGUUUGAUUUUAAGCCCUUUCCUGGCAUGUGUUUCAGUCAUGUGAUGGACAUAAUAAUUUAACUAUACUUUUUUCAAAUUUGGUUUGAGAGCAGCUGUACCAUGGGACCCAACAGAAUAGGUUCUCUGUUUUGUUCUUUUUGCUCAAAGACAGAAUAUCAGUGCCCAAGCUGCAGUGAUUUUAAUAAAUUCAGAUGAUGGGGAAAGUCCAAAAGAGGAGUUUUCAGAAAGGAAAGAGUGUAUUUGUUAAGCAGCAUGCAGGAGCUGGUAAAAGAUUCAUUGAAGAAAGUUGUAUCUUUGAGCUUCAUUUAUUAACAUUGAGAGGAGUGAUGAAAGUGUCAGCCUGUUUUCCUCUUCAGUCAUCAUUGAAGGCAAGAUGCAGCAGCAGCAAUACACAUUACACUGGUUGUUUGCUCUGUUGUAUGAAGUUCUGAUACUCUAAAGACAACUACCAGCAUUCUGAGUCUGAGAAAAACUUUGAUCUUUGAAGAGUAUUAUUGUCUGUGAGGUGAAGCCAUGUAAUCCAAUAGAAGUUCAUUGACAUUCCAGAGAAAUGGUGAACUGCCAGACUACAUGGCAUCACAUCCAAGAAGAUGAUAUUGUUUAUAAUCACUGCUGUUUAACCUCAGAUCUGAUAUUAGGUUUUGUUCUCUCUGCCUUUGAUUUUCUAGUAUUCUGACCACCAUUUUAAAGUUUUAAAUUUUAUUAGAGCUUGUAAGUUUUACAGUAUCACUAACAUUGCUUCCUUAGAACAUUUCAAACUGAUCUCAGUAAAUGUAAGUUUGCAUGAUUUGAAUCAUUAAAAUGAUAUUCAGAUACAUCUGAAUUAUUUUAACAAAUCUGUAGUUAGUGUGAUACAAGAUAUUGUCGCAUAUUGGCUAUGUUCCGCGACAAAUAACUUCACGUGGGUCUCGGAUUUAGUGAAUCUUUAUUGAACACUCACUCUUACAAUUAUUAUCACUUGCAAUAUCACAAUACUUGCUCGAGGCCAGGCCCUUUAUAUAAGGUUCAUUCGGACUCAAUAGAGGACACCCCUUGCCAAGGUUCGAUCUCACAUGUUCGGCAAUCUGUUGCUUCGGGAACAUUCCUUAUAGAUUACACUGGUAAUGUGUCUCGCCUCAUCCAUUGUUACUCAACAACAAUUCGUUGCUGUGAUUUGUCACUGAUGGAACUCCACAGUUACCACGUAUUCGUUGUCGUGGAAGUGUCCGUUCUGAUUAUAGCGGUUGUCGCGGUGAUGGGCGUAAGGUAACGCAUCACAAUAUGUUUAAAUAUAAGAACAAUGUGCCUUGUUUUAUUUCCUUUAAAUUUCAGGUUUCAUAUUUGUUAA